CGGAAUUUGCCUCUCCAACAAUGCUGAAGAGAAUGAACUCCUCACUCGGCAGCCCCUACUCUAGCUUGCCUUUGGUUGGACAUUUCACAGGACACAACGUUUCUCUGCACUUCCCGGACACUUCCAUGUAUGAUGACCUGGGGGAUAUUCUGUUAACUAUCCGGGAGCCUCCCACUAUCGCCCUGACGGUGAUGUACACCAUUUCUUUCGCCGUUGGUUUGGUUGGGAACAUAAUGUCGAUCAAGGUGCUGACCAACAAACGGAAUAACAGGAUGUCUGGGGUCAGUGCCACUCGCAGUUUGCUCAUCAACUUGGCAGUCUGUGACCUGAUGGUGGUCUGUGUGUGUAUGCCCACCACCCUGGGCUACCAGAUCUACAAAGCAUGGAUUUAUGGUGACUUCAUGUGCAGGGCAGCUCCUUUCACCCAGGCUGUGUCAGUGUCAGCCAGUGUCCUCAGCAUCACUGUUAUCAGUGUUCACAGGUACUAUAACGUCCACGACCCCUUCAAUGCCAGGUCAUUCUUUACCUGGAGAAAAAUCUUUUGGACUAUUUUCGUGGUGUGGUUAUUGUCAUCUGGAAUCUGCCUGCCUCUUAUUUUUACAAACAAGUUGGAGGUGAUUGACCCUACUUUUGGCGUUCCUUUCUGCAGUGAGGUCUGGUCCCAAGUCAGGCUGAAGCAAGCCUACAACUUCCUCCUGUUCUGUGCUCUCUACGGUUUGCCCGUGCUGUUUAAUUUAGUGAUCUGCUUUCUCACAUGGCACAGGCUGUGGAGCACAUCUAGUCUCUUCAAAGACUGUGACUCCAGGACCCAAUCCCUUCCAGCCUCAAGGUUGAAAAUUCGCAAAAAGAUUGCCAAAAUGGUGGUGGCUUUGGUGAUUCUAUUUGCCAUUUCAUGGUUACCUGUCUAUGUGGUGGAUAUCUGGCUAGAUUUCAACACUGAAGAUGUUUCGCGAAGUGAUGACACAUCUUCAGAGUGGAUCAUGCAUUUUAGACCAUUUGCUCAAUGGCUUGGUCUCACCAAUUCUUCCCUCAAUCCAAUCUGUUAUUGCUUUGUUGGAGACCUGUACAGGUCAGCAAAGGAAAUGAAGAACAAAUACAGACGGACACUAGUUUCUCUCUUUAACUAUUCCUUGUCUGAAGGUUCCACAAGAUCAUCCAUACCCAAAAUUCUUUCCUACAAAGAUUCUUGUCAGAAAUCAACAAAGGAAUUCAAUUUCAUCGAGUCGAAGGAAGAGAAAUGUAAGGAUUUUUGUUCCCCUUCUGGGAUUUGUGAAACAUCAUUGACUACGUGCCACCCUGUUCCAAAGCCUAUUCUUGUAACUGGUGAAGAGAAGACGAGAAACAACAAAAACCCUAUAUAGUACUUGCAGAAGCUUGUUACAGUUGAGUUCACACUUUGUCACUGAUUAAUCCAUCAUUAUCAUUUCCAGUCCCUGAAACCAACCAAGGUGAGAAUUUAAGGCUUCAUUUAGUAUGCUGUCAGCCACUAAUAAGGAUUAUAUCAAGCCAAAGAUUGUGACUUGUGUAAAUUCAUCAUUCACAUCUUG